UAUGCUCCUCUCAAUUCAAAUCACGCGUAAUCUCCUCCCUAAUAAGAAUUUCUGAAAAAUGGAAGAUGAAUUGGAAACAAUCAGCAACAAUUUAAACAAUGCGCUGGCCAAGUUGAAAGGCAGCAAGGGCGAUGACCUGCAGGGCCGCAAAGAAAAAAUGGCCCAGCUGAUCCGCCUGCACCUGCAGCAUAUCCAGACCACGGUGGUUACGCACAGGAGAAGGACCCAGCUCAGAACCAGGCAGCGGUUUAGGAAGCUGCGCUCUUUUUUCAUGCGCCAGAUGAUAGAGAUGCACUCUAAUUACCUCCAGAUGUACGCUAUGCUGCGCCUGAAACACGCACAAUCGGACGAAUUUGAUUCGGAGACCAGCGAAGAGGAUGGUGGACAGCAAGAGGAUUUCACCAUGCAAGCGGAAUUUCCCGGCUUUGAUUCGAACUUCUUCGAGCAUGUCAUUCCCGAACUGUGCGAGGAGGAGUUCCUCAACACGCUCCACGUAACGCGCGGUACCUUCGAGACGCUUUGCAAGCAGUUGGCUCCCACACUGCGAUCGGCCGAUGAGUUGGUCAAGCGAUUGCCCGCCAUUUCGCCCGAGAAGUGCGUAGCUUUAGCCCUGUACUUCCUAGCCAGCGGAGAGCGCCUUUCGCUGAUCGCCGAGAGAUUUUCCCUUCCCCGUCCAAGGACGAUUAAGUGCCUGAAGGUAUUCUGCAACGCAGUCAUGUCCACCUUGGGUCGAGCUCUUCGCCAGUUGCCGCAGCUUCCGGUAGACUGCAAAAAUGUAGCCGAGGGCUUCCAACGGGAGAGCAACAUGCCCGCCGCCCUCGUCGGAGUAUUGGGCGUCUGCUCGAUUCCAAUAAGAGCGAACGGAGAUGCCAAGAACUCGGUGCUGCGCAUGGAGUAUCUGCUGGACGACCGGAUGCUGUUCCGGGAGCUGCAAUUGGGUUGUGGCCUACGGGCUACUUUAGUUCCCAUGUUUUCACACUCGCCAAAUACGCUCUCCGCGCUGCCCAAAUUCCGUAUCAAUUCCCACCCGGUUCCGGCUUUUGUCCUGGCUCCGGUUUCCCAAAAUUAUCCACUGCGUCCUUGGCUGCUGCAGCGCUAUUCCGAUCCGGUUGCCCCGCAUGAACACGACUUCAACGAGGUAGCCGAGCAUCUGCAAGAGCUUAGCGACUGUGCCCUGCAUCGCCUUAUGUCCCGAUGGAGUUUCCUAAGCCAGCCGCUGGACAUUAGUUUUCACACCGCGUCCUGCAUCAUAACAGCAGCCGCUGUGCUGCACAAUCUGCUCGAGGAACUGAGCGAACCGCACAUGUUAGAGUGGGGCAAUUUGGUGGAUGUGUCCAAGUUUCGGGCAGAACCACUGGAUGAUUCCACUAUCGCCGAGGACGAACAAUCGCAGGCGGCACUUGAGGUCCGCGACUUUUUGGCCAGAACAAUAAGCUCCACUGAAAUUUAAACCUAGCUUUAAAUACUCAUAAAAUUGUAAGAUAACUAAGUAUAAUUUCGAUCUAUUCUAAGUUCUGUAAAUCUUUAAAUCCAUUAAAUAAUGUGAGACGCA